UCCGGACAGUUCCUCACAGAAUUACCCAAACCGCAUCCAUCCCCUGAAACUCUUCUGUGAGCGGAACAGAUAUGGUAAACGGUUCCACCCAUCGGUGAAAGCACCAGCAGUGUUGUGUGCAGUUGGGGUGGAGACUCUGAGACAAGGAGAGUUCCACAAUCUGGGUGUCUAUCUCCUUGUCUCUGCCGGGGGGGUGCUGGUGUUUGAGCUGUCCUUCUUCACCGACGUCCUGCUGAUGUGGUGCCUGCCGUGCCCCCCCAAGUGGAAAGCGUUUGUGUUAUGGAAGAAGCUGGCCACGCUCGGAGGCUUCCAGAAGUUUCUGUACUACACGCUGAUGUCCGUGGUGUGUUUUCUGCACCCAGUCCUCCUGUGGCAUGCUGUCAUCCCAGGCACCAUGCUCCUGGUGACCGGCGUGGCCUACUUUAUCCUGAGCAAGAAGCAGCCGCCGCCGGCGGCCAAAGAGCGGGCCGGGUUGGGCGCGGGGUACGAGGACGCGUCCGCGGUGACCAGCUCCGCCGGCGAGGGCGGCGAGGCCGAGCAGACCUACUCCUUCUUCCGCGUCGCCCCCGGCAACCGCACCUCUGCGCUGUCAUUGGUUCCCAGCGCAGCGGGGGGAGGAGGAGCGUGGGCGGUCGAGGAGAAUCCUCCGCCCGCCGGAAUCCGCGGCGCAAGACAGGUGCGCUUCAGAGAAGACCAGGCCGAGACGCAGGAAUGCCAGGACGCGGAGACCACCUCAGACAAGGCGCCCAUGAUCCCGCCUACCUGCAUACCACCGGGCAUCUGCUGAAAAUGUGUGCGGACCGUUUCUUGUUUUCCAGGCUGUGAUACGCCAUGGACUCCCAAUCCUUUUUCCUUGUUUUGUGCCGGUUGC